CUGCCCGAAAGUUGGUAACACUGCGUUCGCAUUUGACGAUUAUUUUUCUUAAAAAUAAAUAAAAACUGCUGGAUUCCGUUGAUUUAAGCACAAAUAAAAACUGCAAACAUGGCCGAGGUCGACGAUGGGUCCGAGCUGCUAUUUUUCGACACCUUCUCGCACGAGGAAGUGACAGACAUCAAUUUGGAUUUGGUACAGUUUCCCAAGCCGGUCUUCAUCACCCAGGUGCGGAUCAUUCCCCUGGGCGCCCGUGUGCAGGCGGACUUUCCCGGCGGCGUUCGCCUGGGAGCCACAAAUCCAUCCAAGUUCGAUCUGGAGUUCUUCGUCAACGACCUGGGAAUGCCGGCUGCGUCGGCCUUCGAGAAUCUCGGCCUGCUGCGGUACAACCAGAACGACUGCAUCCACCUGGAUUGCUCGCAGGAGAAGAUCGUAACGGACGGAUUGGUGCUGCGCGGCUGGUACAGCACCAUCACCCUGGCCAUAUACGGCAUCUUCACCAACUCGGUGACCGAGCCCAUUGCCAGUCCGACGCUGCCCUGCGAGCCUGUGGGCCCGGAGAUUAGUAACCUGAGUGGCGAGGUGCUCUUGCCGGAGGAUGCGCUGAAGGACGAGUGGCAGGAGCCGAUGCAGGCUGAAAUGCUGGUCGCCCACAAGGGCAACGUCAGCGACUACGACCCGGAGGACAUGGAGUACGGGCUGUCGCGGGAGCACUACCACCAGCACGCAGAGGAGCAGGAGCAGCGCGAGAUGCGCCGCCUGAGGCGUUCCACGCACUCCACGGACCACUCGCCGCCUCCGCCGCCUAGAAGAUCACACACGCACUCGGAGAGCAACGACCGGGAGUACAUCAGAUGUUCACGCGACAAGGGCUCCAGGGAUUGGUCACGUUCGCCGGAAUACUCCAGCCAUCGGUCGCGUCGCAAGCGGUCGGAGAGAUCUCGCUCCGAUGUGGACGAGCACAAGUGGCCCCGGACACCGCCGGCUUCAAUUGACUCACCCACGCGACCACGUUCCCCCGAUACGAUGGACUACGAAGACGACGACUCGCGCUCCCACUACAAGAUGCAGUCCUCGCACUAUAGACACUCCUCGGAGUCGCUGCAUCGUGGUGAGCGCGAUCGGGACGACGAGGAUCGUUCAUGUACGCCACAGGAGCAGUUCGAGCCCAUUCUCAGUGACGACGAAAUAAUAGGGGACGACGAGGAGGACGAUGCAGUGGAUGCGGCUGCCAUUGCAGAGUACGAGCGGGAACUGGAGGCCGCGGCGGCCGCUGCGCCGCCGGCCAUCGAUGCUUUCGAGCCCUGGCAGAAACCACUGUUGGUCUACGAAGGGGAUAUGGCUGCCCACUUCAGCAAGGAGUUGGAAACCCUAAAGCUGCUCUUCAAGAAGCUGGUCCUGCAAACCCGCUGCGAGAACGUGACUGCCUUCAGCGAGGAGCAUGGCGCAAGUGUGGACGAAAGGGAGCAAUUCGUGUACUUGGGCGAGCAACUGAACAACCAAUUGGGCUACUUGGCCCAGCACUUCAAGAGAAGGAACUUUGUGCUGCAGCAGUUCUUUGGAAACGAUGAAGUACAUUUGCGCCAGGCUGCCAACGUGCUUCAGAUUGCCCUGAGUUUCCAGGCUGCCUGCAUGCAACCCCAGCCAGCUUUCAAGAUCCGGCACAUCAAGCUGGGCGCCCGAAUGGCCGAGCUGCUCGGCAGCAGUGAGGACCUCUUCCAGCACUUGCUAAAAGAGCAUCAAUUUGACACAUUCGAGGCAGUGUUCCGGCUGUAUCACGAACCAUACAUGGCCCUGUCCAUUAAGCUGCAGCUUCUCAAAGCGGUUUACGCCCUGCUGGACACCCGAAUGGGUAUCGAGCACUUUAUGGCCUCGAAAAACAAUGGCUACCAGAUGAUUGUAGAGUCCAUCAAGGAGGCCAAAUUGACGAGGACCAAAUUCGCCCUGCAGGCGAUCAUUAAGAAACUGCAUUUGUGGGAGGGCCUGGAGAGUAUACAGAUCUUGUGCCGACGGCUCUUCGUGGACAGGAUAUUGAUCCCUGGCAAUCUGGACCAGAUGGAGGAGACCGUGAUACUUUGUCAGCAAAUAGAGUUCGCCUUUGAAAUGCUGAUGGACGCAUUGUUUUCCAGCCAGCUGAGCUACCUGCAACCGCGACGCUUUCUGCCUGUGUCCAAGAAGUUCGAAGUGGUCACCGAUCCCACGGCGCAACGCGGCUUCGCAAAUGCCCUGCAGUCCUACUUGGGACAGCACUCUUUGGCGGAAUCGUUGCUGGUAAUGUUGGGAAACUGCAAGGAACUGCCGGCCACCACCUAUCUGAGUAUGCUGGACUUGAUGCACACCCUGCUCCGGUCCCACGUAGGCAUUGAUUACUUUGUGGAUGACGCCUUUCCUGUUACGCAGACGAUUGUUGCUAUUCUGCUCGGUUUGGAUGAGGUGCCUAGAAAUCCAGAGGAAAAGGAGGCCAAGCCGGAAAAGUUAGAACCCGAGGACAAGCCAAUGGAGGUCACUAACGAAUCGGUGCUUGCAGGCGGAGAGAACCCAAGUUUACCUACUCCAGGUGAGGAGCUAAAGCCUACUCCUGCCACGGUUCCGGUUUCGGUUGCGGUUCCAGCUGCCGCACCUGUUCCGCAAAUGCGACCCAGGCCAAUCCUUCGGCCAGUGCUGCCACGCCUGGCCAGACUGGGCAUCGAAAUGUCGUACAAGGUGCAGACACGUUACCACCUGGACGCCAUUGUCUAUGCAGCCGCUGCUCCCGAAUACGAUGCCGUCAAGUUGGCCACGCAUAUGCAUGCCAUUUACUCGCAGACCUGCGACCCCGCUGGACGCCAGCACACCGUGGAGGUGCUGGGUCUCAAUAACAACCUCAAGAUCUUCAUGGAUCUGAUCAAGAAGGAGCAGCGCCUGCAGACGCAACGCCAGCUCAGUUCCCCGGGCACAAAGUACAAGAGCCCGGUGCUGAGCUAUGCCGUCGAUAUGGUGGACGCCUGUGUCCGCUAUUGCGAGCAGUUGGACUACCUAAUCGAGCAUGGUGGAGUGAUCCUGGAGCUGGCCAAGAACCACGAGACCUUUGAGCCCUCGGUGUCGGCGGUGUUGCAGGAGAUGUACGUGUACAUGAAGCCCCUCGAGGCCAUUAACGUGUUCGUCUAUGAUGACAUCAUGCCGCUGGUGGAGGUGAUAGGCCGCUCUCUGGACUACCUGACCACGUUCCCGGGAGACUUAAUUAUGGCCCUGCGGAUUUUGCGUUACCUUUCGAUCAGUAAGCCGGUUGCCGGUCAAAAGGCUCCCCCCGUGACCGAGGAGCUGAAACAUCGCUUCGUGGCCCUGCAGUUGUAUGCGGCGGAUGGUGUCCAGCUUUGCAUCCAGAUCAUGGAGCGAUUGUGUGCCUACUUCGAGCAGCCUGGUGCCCACGCUCCAGCCCUGAUGACCAUCCAAGGAGUGCACUGCUGCCAGAUAAUGCUGCCCACACUCCAGAUCCUCCGCGAGCUGCUCUCCUACGCGAUCCUGUGCAGAGAUGGCACCUACAAGGAUCUCACUGCCAUCGACCACCUGGUAAAGGUGUACUACCUGCUCUACUACUAUCCCACGCGCUGUCAGGCGGGUCUCGAGGUGGAGCAGUGCAAGAUGGAGGUGGUCCAGACACUGCUAGCUUAUACUCAACCCAAUGAACAGGACGAGGAGUCGCUGCACAAGUCCCUCUGGACGCUGAUGAUCAGGGAGGUGCUUAAAAAUAUCGAUGGGCCAGCACACUUCAUUCCAGGACUCAAACUUCUCGCGGAGCUGCUGCCUCUCCCGCUGCCGAUGCCGCAGCCACUUUGCGACCAACUGCAGCAGCAGCACAAGCAGCGGCUCAUCACCGAGCGGAAACUGUGGUCAGCCCACCUGCAUCCCCAGAGCGGACAGAUUGCCAAGCUGGUGGAGGCACUGGCUCCGUCCAGUUUCCCUCAGCUUUCGGAGCUGCUGCAGCGCGUCUGCAUGCAGCUGUCGGAUCUGGCGCCCAACAUGACGCUGCUGAUCGCCAAGACCAUCACGGAACUGCUGUGCAAUGAAUAUCAGACCUCCAACUGUAUUCCCACCACCAACUUGGAACGACUGCUCCGUUUCUCCACGCGUUUGUGCGCCUUUGCACCCUUGAAGAGUUCCAUGCUGUCCAUACUGUCGGGCAAGUUCUGGGAACUUUUCCAGUCGCUACUCGCACUGAAUGAAUUCAACGACGUGGUGUCCAAUUGCCAGGAGGCUGUGCACCGCAUUUUGGACAGUUUCCUCGACUCCGGAAUCUCGCUCAUCUCGCACAAGUCUACGGCCUCGCCAGCGCUCAAUCUUUCUGCGGCUCUGCCGCCCAAGGAACUGAUUCCCCGGAUUAUCGAUGCUGUCUUCAGUAACUUGACCAGUGUGGAGGUCACCCACGGCAUAUCCAUUCUGGCGGUGCGCAAUUUGGUCAUUCUCACAGAGCAUGACUUCACCUUCUAUCACCUGGCGCAGUUGCUCAAGCAGAAGAUCACCGAGUUCCAGGCGUGGAUGGAGCGCGUAAUCCUGCACAACGAGACGGUGGAGUACAACGCCAACAUAGAGUCUCUAAUCCUGCUGCUGCGUUCGCUAACCCAAAUCGAACCGCCGCCCACAAUGUCGGCCAUGCCGCAUCGCACCCUGAAACUGGGGGCCGCAGAGCUGGCCCAACUGGUGGAGUUCCAGGACAUUGAGCUGGCCAAGCCACCGGUGCUUAGUCGCAUUCUCACCGUCAUGGAGAAGUACAAGGCGGUGGCCAAUGAGGCGGCGCUGAGCGACCUCAAGCAACUUAUUCUGCUGCAGGCCUCGAAGCAGGAGAUCAUGGCAGGAACCAGCACUGAAACGCCAACUGAGGGUGAGGGAGAGGGUAAUCUCUCAGCCGCCAGCUGCAGUGGAUCCCUGACCGUGGAACCAUAUCUGCCACAGGCCGAGGGCAUAGUCACACAGUACGAGGCGCGGCCGAUCUUCACCAGAUUCUGUGCCACGGCCGAAAAUGCCCAGCUCACGGCUCGCUACUGGCUGGAACCGUUGCCCAUCGAACUGAUUGAGGACAUGAACGAGCCCAUCUACGAGCGUAUUGCCUGCGAUCUCACCGAUUUGGCCAACGUGUGUCUCAAUCCGGACUUGAAUGUGGCUGGCGAUAGCAAGCGGGUAAUGAACUUAUCCGGCUCACCGCAAUCAAAUCGUGAAAUGACGCCAACGGCACCGUGCUUCCGCACCCGGCGGGUGGAAGUGGAGCCAGCCACUGGGCGUCCAGAGAAGAAGAUGUUCGUCUCGUCGGUGAGGGGCCGUGGUUUCGCUCGUCCUCCACCUUCCAGGGGCGAUCUCUUCCGCUCGCGUCCACCCAACACUUCAAGACCGCCCUCCCUACAUGUCGAUGACUUUCUGGCCCUGGAAACUUGUGGCGCCCAGCCUACAGGACCCACAGGCUACAACAAGAUUCCCUCCAUGCUUAGAGGCUCCAGAGUGGGACGCAAUCGGGGAUCCCGCAUUUCGGCAGCAGCUGCUUUUAGGCAAAAGAAACUGAUGCGCAUUGGUUCGCCCUCCAGCUGGGCAGAGUCCGCCGGAUCCUAUCGGUCGGGCUCGGACUCGCAUUUCAAUAGCAGCGACUCUCACUAUUCCUCGCCCCACUACAGUGGAAGAUCGCGUGGGCGUGGCCUGCGCUCCAGACCAUCCUACUUGAGGUAGGAGGAACAGACUGGCCGCCAAUUUCAGUUUCCAUAGGUAUACAAACCAACCAGUUGGUUGAUAGUUAAGCAGUUUAACUACAUUACUCAGAAAAACAUGUGCAGAUGUUGUAUUAGCUCACUGUAUGUCCCCAAUUUGUAUAUAAGCUUAAAGUUAGUUUUCUGUAAUUACACUGUGCAAACGGA